GACUAAGAGAUUGUUCCAGAUGAGGAGUCCAGUGUCUGUGGGAGGGGACGCUCUGACUUAGAGAGGCUGCGUGGACUCUGACACACACACACACACACACACACCCACCGGGAGCAGCGCGGCACACACAGCUGAGCUUCACCUGUCCUACUGGGAUUGUCUUCUUGUCCGAAGCCGCUGACAGGUGCCCUGUCACCAUGUUCAAGAAAAAGAGCAAGUCCACCGCUAUAACGCAGCCAAAAGCAACUGCUCCAUCCACAGAACUGAGCGCUCUGAUCGAGAAGCUGCAGAAGAAUGCUGAUAAAGUGGAGAAGAACAUCUACGAUGUUGAGCAGAACCUCAACAAGGAUGUGAGUAAGAUCAAUGAGGGGAAGCAGCCGCUGUAUCAGGAUGACACCAACAAGAGAAUCCUCAACUCACUGGAAUUGCUCACCGUCCUGGAUGAGGACGCCGUCAACGCCAAACGCCUCCAGCAUCCACAGGCUGAGAUGAUAGAACAGGACAUGAGGCAACUGCGUGAGAGAGUGAUGAAGCUGAGAGAGGACCAUGACCGUAUCUACCACCUGGUCCGCACUGAGGGCAUGCCCAGCAUCAACUGGGGCAACAUGAUGGAUGAGAAACUGGACAACCUGAACCACAAGGGCUUUGGCCAGGACCUGCCAUCUGUGGAGAAUGAGGUGGAGGAACACAACAUCUUCCACAGCGAGGUGGAGGCCCUGGCUCCUCACAUCUCCACCAGCGGAGACAAGGAAUACGUCAGUAGCCUCCAGAUGAAGUACAACAAACUGCUGGCCAGUUCCAGCGCUCGUCAGCGCAAUCUGCUGAGCCUGCGGGACUACAUGCAACGCUGCACCAAUGAGCUGUACUGGAUGGACCAGCAGGCCGAAGAGAGGAUCAACUAUGACUGGAGCGACACCAACCUGGACUACCCUGCCCGCCAGAGGCAGUAUGAGAACUUCAUCAGUAAAUGUCUGGAGUCCAAAGAGGCGACAGUCACCAAGCUGAAUGACGAUGGAGAGAAGCUGGUUGCCGCUGAGCAUCCAGGGAAGAAUGUUAUUGAGGCUCAUAUGGAGGCAGUCCAUGCUGACUGGAAAGAGUACCUGAACCUGCUCAUCUGUGAGGAAAACCACCUGAAACACAUGGAUGAGUACCACAAGUACCACAAGGAGGCACGUGACACUCAGGACCUGCUGAAGCGGCUGGAUACAGAGCUCAACCAGAAGUACAACCCAGAGUUCAAAGAUGUGUAUCAGAUGGAGGGUCUGAUCAGGGAGAUGGAUGACCAAGCCAAGGCCAUGGACCACUUUGACGAACGGGUCAUGGCUCUUCAGAAGCGCAGCCUGCAGGUUUUGCCUCUGAAAUACCGCCGGGAAACCCCCCAAAAGCUGCUGCCCAUUGAGGCUCUGUGCGAGUUUGACACAGAUGAGGGGCAGAUUUUGCGUGGGGAGAGGUACACUCUGCUCCGUAACAAUGGGACCAAAUGGGACGUGAAGGAUGCAGCUGGACAUAAACUCACUGCCCCAGCCGUCUGCUUCAUGAUCCCCCCCACCGACCCCGAGGCAGUGGCCAUCUCUGACAACCUGGCUGGACAGCAAAAGGCAGUCAAGCAGAAGAUGGCAAGCAGCAAGGGAAUUCUGCUGAAACGCUUCAAUGAGCUGAAGAAGGAGACUGGGACUGGCACAGACAAGCAAGAGCAGCAAUGCCGCCAGCUGAUGGCCGGUCUGGAUAAGGUCGUCAGUGACCUGGACAAACAGGAGAAGGCCAUUUAUGCUCGAGUGCGCCCGCCACUGGAGCAGAACAGGCCACUGCAGGACAGCGCUGACCGGCUGCAGGAUAUGAGGGACAUUGUUGGUGCUGUCAGUAAGAUUGAACCAGAGAAGUCCUCCAAAGUGCAAGAAGCAAAGAGCUUCUUGGUCUCAAAUCCAAGUUGUGCCAGUGCUCCUCAACUUCACAGCAAAGUGGAUGAAGCCAACAAGAAGUACACCAAGAUUGAGCAGCUACUUCAGUGCUCUCAGGAAAAACUGAAGAAUUCCAACCAGCUGGAGACUUCCCUUCAAAAUGGAAAAACUUUCCUGUCCACCUAUGAGAACAAGCUGGCCAGGGAGGAGGUUGCUCCAGCUGACAUCUCCUCACUCGAGAAAACGCAGCGGGAGCUUGCAGAUGUUACAUCAGACCUGAGGUCCAAGAGGUCAGUUAUCGCUGAGACGGAGCAGAACCUACGUUUGACCAAAAGCAGCUGUGACAACAUGGCCACCAAAUUCCAAGAGCACUGCCCCGACAUUGAGAGGCAGGAAGCGGACGUUAAGAAGCUCAACAAGCGCUUCAACAACCUCAACAGGCAGAUCGACACCAGGUCUCAAAGCUUGCAGAGAGCCAAGAUGGCGUACAACAAUUACAGCAAUGAUUAUGACAAUUUGAACAGCUGGUUGUCUCGUGUCCCAAACUACGAGCCUCGUGAAACUGAUGACAUGAGACAAGUGGAGACCAAGCUGAAGAAUCAGAGGAACUUGCUCUCUGAUAUUGCAAGAAAGGAGUCUGACUUGAACAACGUCUCCAAAAAUGCCCAGCUUUACCAACAAGCUGUCAAAGACUAUGAGAAUGAAACUGAGAAGUUCAGAUCUAUCCUUGACCUCGAGGAUGGACUUGUACCUCAGACAUACAAGAGGAGCAGACUGGAAUCACCUGCACUGAGAGUCAAGGCAGAGGAAGCUGCUAUUGAGGCUAGGUUUACUGAGGUGAAUGCUGUGAACAAGCAAAGGCUGCAGAAUCUAGAGUUCGCCCAAGGUCUUCUCAACCAGCAACCUGAGACCCCUAUGAUCCAGUCUACAAAUGUCAAGUCAGUCCAUGCUGCCCCGGGAGAAGAGCCUUGGAGAAUCAGGAAGCAGCUGGAAGAUGAGAUCCAGAGGAGGGAGCAGCUAGAGAAAGAAAUUGAGAUUAUCCAAACUGACAUCUAUAUCCUUGAAGGACAGAAGCCCCAGGACACAAUUGUCAAGAAGGAGCUGAUCAAAAAGGUUCCUGACCCCCAGCUGGAUGAGGAAGUCCAUAAGGUCCAGCAGAAACUCUCAGAGGAGCGCCGCACUACUCGUGUCCUGGAGAAUGACCUUGAGGUACUAAAGUUGAAGCUGCGUGGCCUUGAGACAGAGGUCAAAGAAGGGGCACAACAAUACACAGUGAAGGAAGUCCUGCGUAUAGAAAAAGACCGUGGUCAGGAGGAAGAGAUUCGUAAGCUUCGGGAGGACCUGGAGGAGCUAAGACGGCAGAAGUUGAUGAAAGACAAUGAGCUGGUUCAGAUACAAAAGCAGGUGACAAUCCUGGCUGAGGAGAAGAACAAAGAACAGGAGGUGAUCACUGAAGAGGAGGUGAUCAAAGUCCAGAAUGAUCCCCAACUUGAAACAGAGUACCGGGUGCUCCUUGACAGGAAGCAGAAGGAAAUGGAUGGCAGGAAGCAGCUGGAGGAUGAACUGAAAUUUCUUCAGGAGAAGCUUCGAAGGAUGGAGAAGGAGAAAGCAAUGGCAGAGGAGAAGAUCUCGAUCAAGGAGGUGCUGAAAGUAGAGAAAGAUAUUGCCUUUGAAAGGGAGGUAGAAAACCUCAGGAGGCAGUAUGAAGAAGAGAAGGCCAAACGAAGAUCAUCACAGCGAGAAAAGGCUGACCUCCAGAGGAAAAUUACCAGCCUAGAGGAGGAUAAGUCCAAGGUUGUUAUUCAGGAGAAGGUGCGGGAGAUUGUGCGCCCUGACCCAAAGGCUGAGAAUGAGGUGGCCAAUCUCCGGCUUGAACUUGUAGAGCACCAGAGGCGCUAUAAAGAUGCAGAGCUCCAGCUUAGAUCCCUGCAGGAUGAGCUGACCAUGCUGAGGAACAGAGGACCUCAAGUGGAGGUUAAAGAGAUCAUCAAAGAAGUAAUCAAAUACAAGACAGAUCCGCAGACUGAAAGAGAACUGGAGAGACUUCGCAAUGAAAUCGUAGAUAAAACCCACCAGACUGAGAAAUCUGAGAUGGAAAUCCGCCAACUUCGUAAUGAAAUUCAAAGAUGGAGAGACACCAAACCCCAAGUGCAGACUAAAGAGGUAGUCAAUGAAGUUCUGCAGUACAGAGAAGACCCCAAGACUAAGGAGGAAAUCGAGACUCUCAAAAGGAAACUGGCUGAUGAACAAAAGAAACGCCUCGACCUUGAGAGAGAACGGUCAGCCCAAGAAGAGAAGAUCAGACUGAGGAAAAUGGAUCUGUCUCAGGUCCGUGAGAAGAUUGUACAGCAAGAAGUGGUCAAGAUGGAAGAAGAUCCUCUCCUCAGGUCAGAGUGCGACACCUUCUCACAAAACAUCAGCAAUGAGCAGAAACAAAAGGAGAGCCUGAAAACGGAGCUCUAUCAACUGCAGAGACAAAGGGCUGACCUGGAUCUGCAACUGGAAGAACUGGAGCGUGAGCGCAGGGCAAGGCGCGAUGCAGAAUUGGAGAUCCAAAGGCUUCGGGUCAGACUUAAUGAGCUGGAGAUCCACGACAAAGAGAACCGUGAGAAGGUAACUGUCAAACAGAAGGUAGUCCUGCAGCAGGAUCCCCAACAGGAGAAGGAACACUCCAUCCUCAAACUACAGCUUGAUGAAGAGAGGCACAAACGCACUCUGCUUGAAAAAGAGUGGAAUGCCCUCAUCCAGCAGCAGCUCACCCUGGAGAAGGUGGAUGUGAAGGAAAGAGUUGUCCGCACUGAGAAAGUUCAAGUUGAGAGGGACCCAGAGGCAGAGAUUGAGAUUGAGAACCUAAGGAGGACUCUGGAAGAGGAAAAAAGGAGAAGGCGAGAACUUGACCAGGAGUUGGCCACCCUCACUUCCAGGCUUUCUGAUAUGGAGUUCUCUAACACCAAGUCUUCUAAAGAACUGGACUACAUCCGUGAUGAAAGUAGCCGCCUGCAGCAAGAAAACCAGAGGCUGCAAAAUGAGAUCCGCAAGCUUCGGUCUGAGAUCGAGAUCACCAGCAAAGAGACUCGGCUUAUAACUGAGUCUGCGCCAAGGGAGGAUGGAAAGAACCUGGAGUUGAGGCUUGAUUCACUACAGAAGGAACUAGCAGAGCUCAGAAGCAUAACCACCCAGAAGGAUGAGGAGAUCGAGAGGCUUCAAAAGAACCUGGCAGCAGUGAGAAUUAAGAGGGAACAGAGGGAGAGCCAUCUCCGUAGGUCUAUUGUGGUCAUUGACCCGGAUACAGGCAAAGAGAUGCGACCGGAGGAGGCCUACAAACAAGGGCUGAUCGACUGGAAGAUGUUCGUCAACCUACAGAGCCAGGAGUGUGACUGGGAGGAGAUCACGGUCAAGGGCCCCAAGGGAGAAUCCUCGGUUCUUCAUGACAGAAAAUCAGGGAAAAAGUUCUCCAUCGAUGAUGCGUUGCGUCUCGGGCACAUCACAAAUCGGCAGCUUCAACAGUACAUAAACAAAGAAAUCUCAAUCCAGGAGUUUGGUGUAAUGGUGUCGGGCAAGAACAAGUGAAUGCUAACAUGCUAAGACAGCGCAUUUUCGGUUUGAUUCUACAAGAUUUCCUCUCUGUUUCAUCACUGUUUAAAAAUCUCCUUGGGCUUAACUGUACUUCCAUUCUGACUUUAAUAAUAUGGUGACUUGGCAUUAUUUUUUACUUUAUCCAUGAUUCUUAAAUGCACUAUGUAUUUAUUUGCUUAUGCAUAUUCAGUUUUGUGGUACUGGCAUUAAUAUAUGGAUUUAUAUUACUAUCGUUACAGUCAACUACAUAACAGUUUUUUGUGGUAGGAAAAGUUUGCUCAGCUGAGUUUUAAUUUCUUACACUUGGUACUAGGGUCGAGAACAUAUAUUUGAUUUGGUAUAGCCAUUGAAAUUCACUAGGGUACUAUGUUUCAUUUAUUUGUGGGGGUUUCCCAGGUUUAUCUGAUGUGUGCUCUGUAAGCUUCAAUAAAAGUCAAAUCAAACUGGAAAAA